AUGAACGCCAUGUUCCGGACGUUGCUGCUGCUGGCCCUUGUCCUGGUCGGGACGCAGGCGGACGAGUGCUCCCUGACACCUGUCAUUCACAUCCUGUCAUAUCCCGGCUGCAACUCGAAGCCCAUCCCCUCCUUUGCAUGUCAAGGAAGGUGCACGUCGUAUGUCCAGGUAUCCGGCAGCAAGAUCUGGCAAACGGAGCGGUCGUGCAUGUGUUGUCAAGAGUCUGGCGAAAGGGAAGCAUCGGUUACUCUCAACUGUCCUAAGGCACGACCCGGGGAACCAAGAAUGAGGAAGAUCCUCACCCGAGCACCCAUUGACUGCAUGUGCCGACCCUGCACCGACGUGGAGGAGGGCACAGUGCUGGCGCAGGAAAUCGCCAACUUCAUCGAGGAUUCGCCCAUGGAGAACGUCCCAUUCCUGAAGUAA